AUGCAAGUUUUGAUGUUAUUUUUCGUGGUGUUUUUGAUGGGAGUGCGUGGGAGUAGCGACGAUGAUGGACAACAUUUGACAAUCGAACAACGGAUGGCUGAUAUAGCGAAGAUUAGACACAUGCUUCGACACGUGAGGAACCAUCAUAGGCGUGUGAUUCCACGUUUGGUGCACCGCCAUCAUUGCGGUAUAACGGGAUGUAAUUAUCUCUUCACAAAAGUUGACAGAGCUGAAGAUGAGAUAGCCAUGUUGACAAAAGAAAUCAACAACUUGAUCGACAAAGAAGAAGCGCCAAGCAGGUGUAUGCGUUGCAAAAAAAUGAGAGUAUCAAAGUAA